UCUGACCUCACCGGGUGAUCUGCCUUCUCGUCAGCGUCGUCGGACCCAUGGCUCACAAGCUAGUGUAGAGUAAUGACGACACUCACAGGUCUGAAAAUGGCGAAAUGUACUCGGAAUGAAUGGUAAACGGAACUAAUAAAAUCACGGCGUUGACCAGAGUGCGCUGAAAAAAAAGCGUGCAACACGACGAGGGCGAAUAUUCUUUCCUGGUAAUCACUGGCCUGGGAGGGAUCAUCACUUUUUGUCCUCGAGGACAUCGACUGCGUCGUGUGUUUUUGGUUCUGAGAAGAUGACCGAGUACAAGCUAGUGGUCGUGGGCGCUGGUGGUGUGGGCAAAAGUGCCCUCACCAUUCAAUUGAUUCAGAACCACUUUGUGGAUGAAUACGAUCCCACGAUUGAGGACUCGUACAGGAAGCAGGUGGUGAUCGAUGGGGAGACGUGUCUGCUGGACAUCUUGGACACGGCAGGUCAGGAGGAGUACAGCGCCAUGAGGGACCAGUACAUGAGGACAGGGGAGGGCUUCCUCUGCGUAUUCGCCAUCAACAACACCAAGUCCUUUGAGGACAUCCACCAGUAUAGGGAGCAGAUUAAGCGCGUGAAGGAUUCGGACGACGUGCCCAUGGUGCUGGUGGGCAACAAGUGUGACCUGCCGGCCCGCACGGUGGACACGCGGCAGGCCCAGGAGCUGGCCCGCAGCUAUGGCAUCCCCUACAUCGAGACCUCCGCCAAAACACGACAGGGAGUGGAAGAUGCCUUCUACACCCUGGUGAGAGAGAUCAGGCAGCACAAACUGAGGAAGCUGAACCCGCCCGACGAUAAUGGACAGGACUGCUUUAAGUGCCGCUGCGUGUUGUCAUGACCAGCCAAGGUGGCCGCCCGUGGAUCAGAGUUUAGGAGCAGAGCAGCUGUACGGACCUCACCAAACGCCACACCUCCGCCGAUGCACUGCGGGACGAGGGGGAAGCUUCUCGGCUUCGCGCACAAGCGCCCGCGAGCCUGAGCCUGAGUCUGAGUCUGAGCCUGAGUUUGAAUCCACUUGCCACUUGGAGUUGGGCAGCCCUCUGUCCUGUCGUGCCCUCCAGCGUUGCAUUUGCCUUUGUUUGCAUGGAGGGACAAGACAACCUGAGAGGCUUGGACCUGCACCACUGGCAGCAGUCUCCUCCCCCUCCUCACUGGACUAGCUCUGGCUGAGCCAAUAGUACUACUCUACUCUACUCUACUCUACACUACACUACACUACACUACACUACACUACACUACACUACACUACUCUACUCUACUCUACUCUACACUACACUACACUACACUACACUACACUACACUACUCUACUCUACUCUACUCUACACUACACUACACUACACUACACUACUCUACUCUACUCUACUCUACACUACACUACUCUACUCUACUCUACUCUACUCUACUCUACAUUACACUACACUACACUACACUACACUACAGAUUUGAUUCCUUUUAAACGGACCUGUUGAUGGGACAUGGACACAUUCUUAUAAGCCUUAUGUUUUUUUUUUUUUUUUUUUAUUGUGUGCGUGUGUGUAUGUGUGUGUGUGCGUGUGUGUAUUUAAUUGUGUUUGGAAGAAGAUGGGCAAAAUCUACAGCUGAGGACAGUUGAUUAACCAGCUGCUUCGAUUAGUUUUUUUUUUAACUGUGUGUGAAUGUGUGUGUUAUGCAGACCAAGGCGCCACAGGUCUUUUUUAUUUUUAUUUUUUUAAACGCACAGUAAGAACGUUCUCCUUAAACAUGUGGACAUGUGGUAGUUGAUGUUGAAAUGCAGUGAGGUAAACACAAAGUCUCAGUGCAAUAGUAUUUUUUAUUUUAAAAAGUCGGAGGUACAGUGAGAGGGGUUAAAAAAAAAAAGAAAAUCAGACGUGUUUAUGUCUGUACGUAUUGCUUUGUGGGAAACAAGGCAAAAAAAAAUUACACCCGCUGAGGCACAUCGCUAUCUUCUGUUGGCCGACUUUUGUCACUUAUGGAACUGAAAAGUGUGUGUCGGGCUUCACUCUUGUCCACUGAUCACCUGGCCAGACAUGCGCGCACACACACACACACACACACACACACACACACACACACACACACACACACACACACACACACACACACACACACACACACACACACACACACACACACACACACUCACUGAUACUCUCUCUCUCUCUCUCUCUCUCUCUCUCUCUCUCUCUCUCUCUCUCUCUCUCUCUCUCUCUCUCUCUCUCUCCAUAACCUCAGAUGCCCCAGCACACCAUUGAUGGAGGGUCAUUUGAAAAAAAAAAGAAAUAGUGGUUUACUAAUACUGGAAUAUAAUUCUUUGGACUGCAAUUUUGUGGUUUGUUUUUUCCUACCCUCUCCCCCACCCUCCAGGCAUUGCUGACUUGCUUCUUUUUAAACGAGUGCCUGAGUUAGAGACCUUGACACAAGUUUGUGGACUCCGCAGUAGGAUCAGUAAUGGCUAUAUACAGAAGGACUGUCAUGCUCGGCAGAGCCUUACACAAGGUUUCAUGAUGGAGUGGUUCAGCCAUCACUAUUUGAUAGUAGGCUCAGGGUGAUUGUUAGUAACAGGCUUGACUUCAUUGACUCUUAGAGGUCUGACAUGUCCUGUGUGUGUGGAUACUUAUUAAACUUAAGACUAGAGGAGUGUCGAAAUCUACUGUGUGUUUUUAACCGUGCCUACUUCUUGAUGUUAUUUGACGGUGUUUCAGGUUUUCACAUGCACCUCUGGAACGCCCACUUUAUGCGAUGGAAAGAAGCUGGCAGGAUCUAUUUUGUGUGGAUGGAAAAGGAUAAUUUUAAUAUGGGUCUCUCUUGUUGUCCUCGGCCAUUGAAAACAGUGGGUAUGCCAGGCAAAUGAUAUGACAUGGGCUGUGUCUUUCUUUGGUCCUCUGCAUGACAGCCAGAAUAAGCCAAGGCUGUUAUUUUAUUUUAGGGCUUACCUUUGUUCACGGGGUUACUGACUAUUGAUGGCUCUCAAUGAAUAAUUGACAUCUCAUCAACACAAUGGGCGUGUGAUUUUGCCUUUCAUGGUCAAAUUUAUUUUUAAAGACUCGAGUAUGAACAGGAAGAGCCGUGAGUGUGUAAGUGCCGUGAAAUAGCAUGAACCUUUAAAGUGACGACGUUUACAGAGAUCUGGAACCGGCAAGUUGUUUUUUUUUUCCUUUUUUAAAUCCACGUGCUUUGUGGUGAUGAAACAAGGUGACAUUCCCUUAUAGGGUAAAUUAGCCAAAUCAUAGUAGAUAGUGAAUAUGUGGUAAUAGGUGGUCUGAUGCGAUAACAUAAUUUUUUUUGUAAAGAGCGAUAACGUUAACAUUUUUGUUAAAGAGGGGAUAAUCUCCCAAUCGUUCUACUCUGAAAUACCCUGAAACUGGAGUUGUUUGUGGCUUCUUUACCUUCAUAUGUAGUGUCUGUGCUAUUCUCGUUUUUGCAGAGGAUAUGAGUGUGUGUUUUUGUGUAGGAUGUGUGCUUUUGUUGUCCGUUCAGUCCGUGCUUGUUUGUUGGCAGGGUAUCUGAGCUUUUUUUGCAUCACUGAAAAAUGGAUCAUUGUGAACCUACUGUGAGAGACUACUUCCUUGUGCCCAAAUAGCUAACCACCCAUCAUAACUUUUAUUUUAAUGUUUCGUUUUAAGUAGAGAACAAAUUUGCCACUUACAGUAUGUUUACCCUGGUUCAUAUUGUACAAAUUACUUUCAUUGUAUUGGACAGUAUCUAAAAAUAGCUGUUAAAAAUCGACAUUUUUGUAUUAUGUCUUAUUUCUUGAUGCUAUUGUCUUUUGAGUUUUAAAUUGACUUGAGGAAUAUGUUUUUCCCCACAAGGUGCACCAUGCAUUUCAAAGAAACAUUGUGUGCCAUCAUUAUUCCCAAUUCAGUCUUAGUGUCACAUAGUUAAAAGCAUGAUUUAAAAAUCAUCCGAUUUUUACUUGUGGUAACAAAGUAAAGUAUUUAUUGUACAAAAUGGAAAAUGCCAGAAUCUUAACUGUGAGUGUAUUUUAAAUGUGAAUAAGUUCCUGUGUGUUCUUACUAAUGUAGGCCUACUUUAUACACCACCGUCAGAUUCAUACUUGAGUGCUUUUAUGACUUUAACCGAAUGUUGGACUGCUGUAAGGAACCUUCAUAAUGAAAUGCCUUUUAUCAUCAGUUUUUUUUCUCUUCCUUACCCAUCUCUGAUGUCUGUGUUUUGCUUUUCACUUGUGUCAGCUCUUUAAAAUGAUCUUACUUUUGUUUUUGAGGUUGGAAAAAAGACAUCACCCACUAGCUACUACUGCAUCUGCUGCUACUGUAGGAGGAGCUGCCUCUACCUCUGGAGUGGGGAGCAGAAUUAAAGGAUGUAACUUUAACAUUUA